UGUAAUCUUCUCUCGCUCACCUAGACGGGACAAUGGUGAAUACGGGCCUUUUUUUUAGACGAUGUUUGUAAAGUUCAUCAGAACCAUGAGGCCCACAUUUAAGGCCAUGGUAACAAGGAAAGGAAAUGAAACGCAUAAUUUCUCUGUGUUGGUGCGGAGCUUGUCAUAUAUAGUUUGGUUAGAAGGCGCGUUUGAGUGGUUUCAGAAGGUGAGUUUGAGAAUUAAUCUGCUCGGUUCGGACGUCGGCUUAAAAAAGUGGAAACUUGGAUUUGGUCUGUUGUACAAAAUCCAAACUGUUCGCAUCCGAAGCCGCAGUUUCGGUGGGGGGAGGAGGAGAGACGAGAAGGCUGCGUUCGUGAACAGGGGAGACAGAAAAAAUGGAGCAUCGAAGGCCACCGAAAAGGGGGAGACCUUCCUCCUUUGGCCCCAGAAUUGCAGAAUCAGACGAUCUCCCCAGAAUUGCCUGUACGACAACUAACGCAGCCAUAAUGCAUCAUAAGAUUCACAACAAGCAUGACUCUGCAGGACCUCCGUCACAACAAGCAAAAGCAAGCCAUGCUCAACUGGCAAAGCUAUCUGCCAUUGAAGAAGCUUGGAAAGACGGUUGCACUGGAAGCUUCAAGAGUUUUGAUUCUGAGUUUGGUAACUUUCUUGUGCCCGUGAUUCCUACUCUGGAUGUCCUAAGGAAGUAGAGGAAAGACUCUUGUUCGUCUCAGUUAGCUGCUUCAUGGAGUUGACAUGAGGACAAAAAGGUUGUUGACAUUCAACUCUACUUUCAGUGCGUUGGUUUUCUACAAUACAAGCUUAAAAGUUUGCUAAUCAUAAUGUCCUGGCAUCGUCGCUCAAGAAUUGCCAUUUCAAGAUGGGAAAGAGGCUUUGUCAUUCUCAGAUUAAGUACAAAACUAUGUCUGUAAGUGAAUGCAUACAUAUUUCAGCAGUUGGUCUUAGAAAUGUAAGUGUUGCAAUUCUCUUCGAUCUCGCUUUCAGUGUAGGUCCUGGCCAGGACCCUGUAUUUCGUGAGAAGAUGUUGUGCUUUCACUGUCUCA